GGGAAGAAUCUCACCGUAAAGCACACUCAGGACGUGAAGUCGAUAGCCGAGCAGCAGAUCAUGACGGACGGUGCUGGAACUUUCUGUGAGUUCUGUUCGGACACUUUAAAGAACUGUUCCCGGACAGAGGAGCUUCUGUCUCGGACUGUAACCGGAUAAAGUCCCGCUCAGUCCCCCCCUGAGCUCGUGUUCUCUCCCGCCUGUUUCCAUUACUCACGUCUGCUAACAGUUAGCUAGCUAACGGCGCAGAUGUUCGGCUGUCUGGUUGCGGGUCGGCUGGUCCAGACGGACCCGGUCCAGGUCGCUCCGGAUAAGUUCGUGUUCAACCUGCCGGACUACGAGAACGUGAACCACGUGGUGGUCUUCAUGCUGGGCACGGUUCCGUUCCCCGCGGGGAUGGGCGGGGCCGUCUACCUGUCGGUUCCGGACCCGGUGAGCGGCGGUCCGGUUUGGCAGCUGCUGGGCUUCAUCACCAACGACAAACCCAGCGCCAUCUUUAAGAUCUCCGGGCUGAAGGCCGGGGAGGGCGGAGAACACCCCUUCGGGAUGAUGGCCUCCAGCCCGGCUCCGUCCGUGGCUCAGGUCGGGGUCUCUGUGGAGGCUCUGCAGCAGCUGUCCCAGCAGGUCAGGUUCGGUUGGACCGGGUCUGUGGUGGGGGUCAGGUUCGGUUCUGGUGUCCCGGUAUCAGAACCGGUGUCUGUUUGUUUGAGCGAAACCGCCGACAGUUGAAACUCUAAGUUUACGAACAGAAUAUAUAAAAAGACACAUAAACCUUUUUUUUUUCUCACUGUCGAACAUUAAAUCAGAUUAAAUUUUUCCUGUUUUUAUAAAAUUAGGAUUACCAAAAUUAUUUUUAUUUGCUAAAUGUUAAAAUAAUGAGAGAGAGAAUUUUUUUAGACAAUUUUGUUUUAUUAUUUUCUUAGAGUCAAAAGUUUACAUCCAUUUCAUUAGGAUUUGGUCGCUGCCUUUGAAUUCUAUGACUCGGGUCAAAUGUUCUGCAGGGCGGCCUCCAAACUCGGCUCAGUUAGACCGGUUCUGUCCGGAGAAAUGGGCCAAAGUUCCUGUAAACUGUUGUGAGAAGUUUGUGGAAGAUUAUCCAAAACAUUUGAGUCAGAAUUUAAAGGCAGCGACCAAAAACUAAUGAAAUGAAGGUAAACUUUUGACUCUAAGAAAAUAAUAAAAGAAAUUGUCUAAAAAAUCUCUCUCUUAUUAUUUUGGUAAUUAACAAAUAAAAAUAAUUUUGAUAAUCCUAAUUGACCAAAAACAGGAAAAGUUUAAUCUGAUUUAUUGUUACAUGGUGAGAAAAAAAAGGUUAUGUGCCUUUUUAUAUGUAAAUUGGUUUCUACUGUAGCUGAGGUUUUAACCCUCAUGUUGUGUUCCGGUCAAAUUUGACUGAUUUUAAAGUUUUCUCUCUCUCCAAAAUUAAAAGUCAUUAAUUUGAUCCAACUGACCUGGAAUUCCAUGAUUCUGUCCACAAUUUCAACACACAAACUAAAUUCUGAAUUCUGGUCUCCUGGUCCUCCUCAGGUCCCCGUGUCCAGCGCCGCCGUGUCCACCGUGGACUCCUUCCUCCAGUUCACUCAGAAGAUGCUGGACAGCCUCUACAACUUCGCCUCGUCCUUUGCCGUGACGCAGGCGCAGAUGACCCCGAACCCGACCGAGACCUUCAUCCCGUCCAGCUGCGUCCUGAAAUGGUACGAGAACUUCCAGAGGAGGAUGGCACAGAACCCGAACUUCUGGAAGAGCUGAGGGGAGGAGACGCUGAGGAGAACCUCCGAUUCAGACCAAAGACUGGACCUGUCAGUGCCUGCAGGGUCGAAUAAAGUCUCAGCUCAAGUUUUUAAUCCAGAUCAGAGUCUGCUUUAAUCUGUGAACCAGAACAUGACACUGAACCCGACCCGAUCGGCCCAUUUACACCAAACAUGUUCACGAUAAAACAGAAAAGUCCCUCUGAUGAUUUAGACCUCAGCUCACCUGAGUCCUCCUCUGCUCACAGAACCAGAACAAGAAACUUUGUUCUGACCCGUAAACACGACAUUUAAAGAAACAAUCAGGAGAAGGAAGAAGAGAAAAGAGAGAAAAAGAGUUUAAUAAGGCAAUAAAAAAAAAACUGAUAUAGAUUAAAAAAGUCAAAAUAACUGAAUAAAAAUAAAGAAAUAAAACUGAA